GAACCAACCAAUGAACCAAAACCUUAAGCAUAAAUUUAACCCACCGCUCCUGUUCCUCCUCCUCCUGCUGCUGCUCUCUUCUUGCUUGGGUCGAGUCGAGGUCGAGGUCGAGGGGAGAUCGGAGAGGACGGAGCGGUGCAAGCAAUGGGGAUCUGCUGCAGCAAGGCGGCAGCAGGCCGGGAGCUGGACGACGACCAGCAGGGCUUGGGCUUCCCAUGGAUGCACGACGACCUGUUCCACACCCACCUCUGGGCCAGCGCCGGCGUCUCCGUGCACACCAAGCAGGGAUGGAAGGGCGCCAACCAGGACGCCAUGACCGUCUCCCAGGACUUUGCUGGCCGCAAAGGCCAUAUCUUCUGCGGAGUGUUUGAUGGCCAUGGCCCUCAUGGCCGGGAAGUCGCUCGCCAUGUCCGCGACACCCUUCCAGUGAAACUAGCCUCGGUUUUGAAACCGAAAACUGGGGAUGAAGAUUCCGCAAGCGAUUCUUUGAAGCAUAAACCUGAAGAAGAUGACUCAAGCAACAAUUUGAAGCUCAAACCUGGAGAAGCUGACUCAAGCAAUAAUUUGAAGCUCAAACCAGAAGAAGAUGAUUCAAGCAAUAGUUUGAAGCUCAGAACUGAAGAAGAUCACUCAAGCAAUGGUUCGAAGCUCAGAACUGAAGAAGAUCCCUCAAGCAACACGGAUUUGGAUUCCUUUGACAAGUCAGAUAGCAGCUCGUCCAGUGAUGAUACAAGUGAUGAGAGCCAGCUGUUGUCCACUUGGAAGAACAUAUUUGUGAAGGCAUUUGAGCAGGUGGACGAGGAGCUGAGGCAACAUUCAGGAAUUGACUGCAUUUGUAGCGGCACAACUGCAGUUGCUGCUGUUAGACAGGGUGACCACUUGAUCGUUGCCAAUUUGGGAGAUUCACGCGCUGUUCUUUGCACCCGGGACAGCAAGGACCGACUGAUCCCCGUCCAGCUCACCACUGACUUGAAGCCCGAUCUUCCAAGCGAGCUCGCAAGGAUUCUGAGCUGCAAGGGAAGAGUGUUCGCCAUGGAUGACGAACCAGACGUGCCUAGGAUGUGGCUGCCGGAUCAGGAUGCGCCGGGCCUCGCCAUGGCGAGGGCAUUCGGGGACUUCUGCCUGAAGAACCAUGGCCUUAUCUGCACACCUGAAGUCUACUGCAGGAAACUGUCUGAGAAAGAUGAGUUCUUGGUGCUUGCUACUGACGGGAUUUGGGACGUGCUGUCGAAUAAGGAGGUGGUGAAGCUGGUGUCAUCGUCGACCGACCCAUCCAAGGCGGCGAGGCAGCUGAUCGACCGGGCCGUCCGAGCGUGGCGGCGCAAGUACCCGACGUCCAUGGUGGACGACUGCGCCGUCGUGUGCCUCUACCUGAACCGGCGAGCCUCUCCUGGUUCUGACGAGAGCCUCAGAGUCCCAGGCAUAGGAGAGGACGUGAAGCCGCCGGCUGUGCCGUUCACGGGCAGCAGCUUCCGCAGGGCUCUAAGUAGCGGCGGCGGCGAGGCGUCGUCGGAGGAGGGGGCGACGGUGUGGAGAGCGCUGGAGGGGGUGGCGCGGGCCAACUCGGUGAUCAGGCUGCCGCGGCUGGGGCGCGUGCUGAGCUGGCGGAGGCGGUCGAGUUCGCUGGACGAAGACGACGGCGAGGAGCGGGAGUGAUCAUCAUCACCAAUCCCUGGCCAAAUUGAAGGGAGGCCAUCGUUUUCAUGGGCGGUACACGUAAAUUCAUCCGUGCAUGGUCAUGGACCGAUGGACGCGAAGCAGCCAAAUUGAAAAAGAAUUCUAGGAUUUGAUUGGCGUAAUGGCCCUGUCGCAAUCAGGUUGUUGUUGAAAUGGAUGAGGUGAUAUGGACAAGAGUAGCCUCUGAAUGGUUGUUCAUACUUACGUUUGCGUUUGCUGUAACUGUAAUUUGUUGGUGAUAUUAGUUUCUGACACCAUAUGAACAAGCAUGAUCGAUCUUUGGACUU